AUGGUGGGCAGGGCCAGCUGCAUGCGUCGAGAGAGUGGCCUGCCCAGGCCUGCGAGGGCAGGGGCCGGGGGCUGGGUGGAAGUGCGACACCUGUGCCGGCCUUGCCACAGCCGGGAGAAGGCCAAGGGCCUGGGCAAGCAUGUCUGCCAGCGGUGCCACCUGGUCAUCGAGGAGCAGCCCCUCAUGUUCAGGAGUGACGCCUACCACCCGGACCACUUCAGCUGCACCCACUGCAGGAAGGAGCUGACCGCUGAGGCCCGGGAGCUUUUUUUUAGACUCCGGGGUGCCCCUCGGCACCCGGAGGACGCCCUGUGCUGUGGCUCUAUGUGGAUGGCACUGCCUGGGCCCGCCCCGGGGAGGCGUGGGGUCUCUGACCCAGGGGCGGUCCCUGGAGGUAGCAGCCCCCUUGCCCUGAACCUGGGACCCCAGCAAGGCGCUCCGCCCCCUGGUCCUGUCUCAGGUCACUGCUCCGGCCUGAGCUGCCCGCCCCCCUCUCCCCAGCACUUUGUCUGUGCCAAGUGCGAGAAGCCGUUCCGUGGGCACCGGCACUACGAGAGGAAGGGCCUGGCCUAUUGCGAGACCCACUACAGCCAGCUCUUUGGGGACGUCUGCUACAGCUGCAGCCAUGUGAUCGAGGGUGACGUGCUGUCAGCCCUCAACAAGGCCUGGUGUGCCAGCUGCUUCUCCUGCUCCGCCUGCCACAGCAAGCUCACCCUCAAGAACAAGUUUGUGGAGUUUGACAUGAAGCCCGUGUGUAAGAGAUGCUAUGAGCACUUCCCCCUGGAGCUGAAGAAGCGGCUGAAGAAGCUGUCGGACCUGGCUGCCCGCAAGACCCGCCCCAGCUCCCCCUAGGAGGCCUCCUCUCCGCCUCCCCUCCUUUCUUCCU